UAAAACUGCAAGUGCAUCUGGAGGAUAGCUUCAUUUGAUCGUCAACUAGUGAGGUGUUAACUGUGGUUAAGUGUUAAGUAGUCGCGAAACUAACGCGUUUGCAACAUUUAAUGAUUAUUCUUUGAAAUUUUUGAUGUUCUUGUUUUGUUGCUGCAACAUGUUGCUGAUCGGAUUAUUCGUGGAAAUGUUUAGUUUAAUGAUCAUUUUCUUCUUUAUUGUAGUUUGUGCAGAAGAAGAACCAAAAGUAUUUGUCCGAACCGGUCGUUAUAAUCCUCAGUUAUACGGAAGUUCCGGAAAAUAUAUGCCAGACAAUCGGGGUAAAUAUCAACACAUUCCUGUGCCAUAUGACGGUGGAUAUGGUGAUCGUGGAGAGAAAUACAUCAAAGACGAAAAAGAUGACUAUAAAACAAAGUAUUGGGUACAAAAUGGUGAAUUUGGAUCAUGGGAAGAACCCGAUACAUAUGAAGAAAAAGCUAUUUACGCCUCAACAGAUUAUGAUCCAUCGGAAUCAAUUCCAAAUUAUAUCCCCGAAGAAUUUGAACCUGGUGAAGAAACCUAUGCCAAAAAAUACGAAUAUGAUAAUGAUGGUUGGAGAAUAAUACAAUUUAAAUGGAGUAAAGAUGGCAAAACACGAUAUAGUUUCUUUUAUGAGACAGAAAAUAAGAUUUUAGCACAGGAAAUUGGAAAAUUGACACAAGUUAGUGAAAAUACUUCAGCAAUACGAGUUGAUGGAUUUUAUCAGUAUGAAGGCGAUGAUGGUGUUGUUUAUGAAGUGGAUUAUGUUGCCAAUGAGAAUGGUUUCUUUCCGAAAGGUAAACACAUUCAUAAAUCAAUACAAAAUGUUUUGGAUUUUUUAUUGAAAAAUACUACUAAAUCACGUGUAUUGAAUAAUAAUUCACUUUCUAAUGAAUAAAAGAUAGUCGAAGAAAAACAGUAAUUUUAUAUUUAUUCAUAUAAUUUUUUUUGUUUUUAAUAUUUCUUUAAAAUGUUUUCAAAUUAUAAAUCCGUAGAUACACCUAUUAUGUAUAGUU